AGCUAAUGCACUUACAACUAUGCUGUGUGAACAGGCGCUUUGUUGAUAUACCCUAAUUGACGGGAGAACAUCUUGUCUUCAAGAGUAAAACGAACACACUUUCUCAAACUGUUUUCUGCUAAUAGAACGAAAUCAUGUGCAUCUAAGAGUGAAAAAGUCAAAAAGAGGCUGCGAGUAAAACAAAUGUGAGUGUUUUUUAAUUUUUGAAGUGAAUACUGAACACUUUAAAAAUGGUUUUUGCUUGUCAAGCUGACAGCUUUUUAGUAGAGUUUUCUUCGAAAGUUGUCUCGUGCGAGGAAGCAGAGUUGAAGGUGGUUUCAAACGGGAAGAAGACGACUGUGAAAGGCUACGAAGUGGUGCUUGAGGACACAAUACUCUUCCCAGAAGGAGGCGGCCAGCCGUGCGACACGGGCUCCCUGGACGGCGUGCCGGUCCUGCAGGUGACACGGCGCGGCGCCCAGGCGGUCCACUUCGUGGCCGCGCCGCUGGCCGUGGGCGCCGCCGUCCGCCAGCGGCUGGACUGGGGCCGUCGCCUCGACCACAUGCAGCAGCACUCCGGGCAGCAUCUUAUCUCCGCGAUUGCAGAGAUUGAGUUUGGGUACGCCACUUCAUCGUGGUGGCUGGGAGAGGAAGUGUCGUACAUUGAACUUGAUACUCAGUCCGUGAAGAAGGAGGAGAUGGACAGGAUGGAGGAGAUAGUCAACGAGAAGAUCCGUGCAGCGACGCCAGUCACAGUCAAAGUGUUUGAGGAGGGCGACCCUCAACUUACUGCAGACCGUGCGCGGGGCUUGCCAGAGGACCACGUGGGGCCGGUGAGGGUGGUGACCAUCCAGGGCGUCGAGAGCAACAUGUGCUGCGGCACCCACGUGUCCAACCUCUCCCAGCUGCAGGCGAUCAAGCUGCUCCACGCGGAGAAGGGGAAGAAGAACAAGACGAACCUCCACUUCCUGGCGGGGGGCCGGGUGCUGGGAGCGCUGGACCGGUGUCUCGGCCGCGAGCGGCAGCUGACCGGAGUGCUCAAGGGUGGGCCUUCCGAGCAUGUGCUAUUGGCAGAUAAGCUGCAGAAGACUCUCAAAAUGUGUAACAAGAACCUGCAAACUGUUUUGAAAGACUUAGCUGUCCUUGAAGCAGAAAAACUGAAGCGUUUGAAUCCAUCUCCAAAGUUCUACAUGCUACACAGGCGAGAAGCUGAUUCUGAUUUCAUGAGUAUUUUCAUAAAUGAAGUUGGAAAUCAGUCGGCGCUCCUGUUCCUGACGGUCGGCGACGACAAGGGGGCCGGCCAGAUGGUGCUCCACGGAGAGCCUUCCGCGGUCUCCGCUCUGGGUCCCAGAAUAUGUUCAGUGCUGGGCGGCAGAGGUGCAGGCAAAGGCCCCAAGUUCCAGGCCAAAGUGUCGAACCUCGGCAACCGGUCGGAAGCGGAGGAGCUGAUCAGGAAGUUUUUCGAAGAGACUCGAGAUCAGUGAGACGCUGAGGAAAACGGAACUACACAAGGAGCUGCCCACCAGGGAAUUGUUGAUGCCAACUAACCGAGAGUACGUUACUGCCUGGGAGUUCGGCGAGGACCAGACGUCUGGCUAGCGUCGGUGCAGGGGAAGUGAUGGACGAGCGCGCUUCAUCCCGAAAACGUCGCACUGUGGAACUGGAGGAUGUUUUUGUGAUGGUGUGUGCACGUACCGGCUGUUUUCAAGUGUGACUUGUGUGCUUCACAGGUUGGAUCAUCCCAAAUGUUAGUUUAGUUCAUGGCAUCCAUGACCAUUUGACCUUUUUUGUUUCUACAAGUUUGCGCUGCAAAGAUAGUGGACAACUCAUAUGGAAGGAAAAUAACACUACAACAAAGUUGCAGUGAUACGAUGUUCAAAAGAACGUUAUUAUGUUUUCAAAAGGUGAAAGAAAUAAUACAUUAAAUGCAAGAAAAUUUUAAAAGCAUGACGUAACAAUUUUAGGACUUUUAUUAUGAAUUUCUUUAUGCUGUUUUACAGACAAGCUGCAGAAGGGUUCUAAGCAGGAUUAUUGUUUAUCUACUGUAAAAAUUGUGAAACAAUGAGAUUCUUUAAUUCACUUUCAAAUAACAAUUUAUUAAAUGAAAAUUUAUUAUGGAUUGAGCAUAUUGCUUAAAAUCAAGAGUAGCUUCCCCCCCCCCCCCCCCCCCCCCCCCAUAAAUUCUGCCUUGAUUAUCUUAAAUAUUUUGAUUGAAAAAAAAAUUGAGUACCAGUUUUACGACAAAUACUAUGAAAAAAUUAUGCAUACUUGUACUCUUUUAAUGCUUACUUUCACUUUCAUGACAUAUAAGUAGGAAAUGUUCAUGAAAUGUUAAUUACAAUGAAUUUUAUGUGCUGCCCUUAUGAAUAAAAUGUUGGAACUGCAAAAUAAUGGAAUGAACAUCAGGGAAUGUAUAAGCGGUAACCUUAUACCAGGGUUCUACUGUACAAAAUGCAAUGAUAGCAAAUUGAUAACAGGUAACAGAUCUGCCUAGAAAUCUGGUCCCUGAACGAUGUACUUACUCAUCUUUAUGGGUUACUUAACUAACUAUUCAUUUAAAUUUUUUUCAUGACUGUAUAUUAAUAUGUCAACUAGAAUUUUGAUUUGUUGCCGUGAAAUUGUUAGUAAUGCCUCUUAUAAUUCUGCUUAUUAAAAAAAAAAGAAUAGGUGGAUGAAGGUAAAAUUGUUAUUUUUACUAGAAUUGUAUGUAUGGGUGUUUUUAUGACGAUAUUUCUAAGAAAAUAAUUUUUAUCCAUGUUGAUGUUAUUAAAAUAUUUAAAAAUAUAUGUGUAAAUAAUGUAUAAUAUAUGAUAGGCAGUAAACCAAAUUUGUUAUUUCAGAAUACAAAACACUUAUUGAAAAUGUAAAAUUUUCAAUACUGCAGUAAACAGUUUUACCGGCUGAUGUGACGGCUAGGUAGUUACAAUACGAGUUUAUUUAGCAUUCAUUCUUCUCUCUGUUGCUCUCAGCCGAC